AUGACAGGACCAACUACAACUCCUCGCUACAGCGCAGAGGAUUUUGAAACCGCCUCUAUUCGAUCCGCCGCUCCUUCUUAUGUAUCGGAUGCGCCAUCUUAUCAUACCCUCCCAUAUAACCACAACGAGGUUAUUCCGCCCUACAGUCCACCAGCUCCAAGACCAGGCGUAUUGACAGCAAGCUCCUCUACCCCCUUAUUCGCACCUGGACGACAAGGAUCUUCCUCGGCACGACAGCAAACUAUCGGCUUGCCUCCUUUGCCCCCAGUUGCGCCUCAAACUGCCAUGUCUAUCCACAACUUUCACGUCCCUACGUGGUCUGCCAACAACGGACCAGCAGCGCGCCAUUACAGAAAUGUAGCUGAGCGCCGAAUUACGUCUGGCCGAUAUGCCGGGCCAUCAGAGCCAUUGAGACACCAAAACUCCAAUGAUAGACCCUUGGAAAAUGAGACAGACACAUCAUCAGAGAUGCGACCUUUAGAAGAUCCCUAUCUUGUUGGCGAGGUAGCAGCAGCGCAGGCUCGGCGUGAGAGGCUAGCACGCGAAUCGGGUGAUGACAUUCUUGUACGGGAGGAUAGGCAGUGGGACUGGCUUCUAGCACAAAUGCGGAGCUGGGACGAGCGUGAGAGAAGCUGGGCCCGUUUCCGUCGCGAGGUCGAGCACAGUCAGCGUAAAAAGCUGCUUCGUCGUAUUGGAGGCAGACUCCUGCCAACUUGA